AUGGCUUCUUUAGCUGCAUCGGCUACGUCGGUUACGGAGACAAUCAAAGUGACGAUUAAGAGCGACGUCGUUGCUUUUACGCUUGAAACGACUCCCCAUGAAACUGUGGCGGGUGUCAAAGCUGCAUACCAGGCAAACAGGGAGAAUGCAAAUUAUAUUUUGUUAUUGCACAAAGGCAAGGAGCUGCCUGAUGAGAAGACGCUCGCUGAAUUAGGCAUUACGGAUGGGGAUGUGCUCGUACACAUUGAGGCAGCUCAUCAGCCUUUUCAGCCGCUUAAUUACAAGUUACUGGCUGAGAGCAUCAGAAAUCGCAGAAAACAUGAAGAUUCGAACAUGCAGAUGCUUAAAGAAGACAACAUAUGGGCUGCUGGAUCCGAUGGCACGGUGCAUCGUCUAGGAAUGGAAAAGAGCAUUAUCUCGCGCUCAUUAAAUGGCAGUGUACCACCGCCAUUUAAUCAUAAAAAGGCUAGCAAAGGACGAGCUUUUUUCAAUCAAUUAUCUGUGCGCGUUAAUGGCUGCAGCUACCAUGUGCUGCCCAGUAUGGAAGGCCGCUGGAAUGGAGAGCUAACGACCAUCCCGCCACAAGAAGAAGGUAGCCAAGUUUGCUCAAAUGAUCUCUUGUUCCGCGAUGAUGAAUGCGUGUGGAGCCAGCGUCAGUCGAGGACGACUAUGAGUGGUUUGACGUCCAUGCAACACAUGUGGAUCAAGCCAGUAUCUGACGGCAUUCUUAAGAUUGAGACGGACGACCCGUUGCUACGUGGCUCUGACAUCACAAUGCAGGAACUUGGGACAAACGUCCUUAUUAUUACGGCUACCUCCAAGCGUUCAGGUCGACCGUUGAUGGUGGAAACGAUCACAGGAAUCGAUAGCUCGAGACGUCUACGUACUAUCCAACGCUUUGACGAAUCGGGUGCAUUUCGAUCGGUUUAUGUAAUGAAUGAAGUCAGAGUUGUCGAUGCAGUGUCGGGUGCCAUGGAAAAGUAUGAUAAUGUCUUUUGA